AUGGACACAAAACUUGCCAUCAGUUCAGAGAGGUCCCCCGACAGGAAGUUGCCGGGGGAUAUUGACGAUGAAAAAUCCAGGAGCAUCACUACAGAUGAGGAGUUAACUGGGGAUAUGACUCCCAGUGCAUCUCAUCUCGAAGACUCAGGUUCGAGCUGCGGUACCCCGACAGACGAUGAUGCUCCCUCAAAUACUUUCCGUGCAUGGUUUCUGGGAAUCUUCUGGACGAUUGUCAUUUCUGGAAUGAAUCAAUUCUUUGGCAUGCAUAAUCCUGCUCUUGGCCUGUCCGCUGCACUCAUUAUUAUUGUGUCGUUGCCAUGUGGAAAUCUAAUGGCACAUAUCUUACCUACCCGACAAUGGUCAAUAUUCGGAAAAUCUUUCACCUUGAAUCCAGGUCCAUUCAAUCGCAAAGAGCAUACUGUGAUCACCAUUAUGGCUGUGGCAGUCAGCUAUUACGACUCCGGUUCUGUAUCCAGUUUUGUCUGGACAGCCCUGAUCAAGUAUUUUGACAUGGAUCUUCCACUUGGUUACCGCUUUUUGUUUAUUUUGACAUCACAAGCUUCUUGUAUUGGAUUGGCUGGAAUUUUCCAUUCUGUGCUGGUGGAUCCGUCUUACUGCAUCUGGCCAUCUGCCCUACCGACCUGUACCCUUUUAGAGGGGAUGCACAAUAAAACAUUCCAAAACUUCACCACAAACGGAUGGAAAAUGCCCAGAAUGAAGUUCUUCUGGAUUGUACUGGCUGCUGCAACUGCCUACCAGGUCCUUCCUGGUUAUUUGUUUAUGGGUCUUUCUUACUUUGCCUGGGUCACCUGGAUAUCGCCGAAUAAUGUGACUCUCAAUCAGGUGUUUGGCGCUAACUACGGCAUGGAUCUGUUCCCAAUAACUUUCGACUGGAAUGAGAUCACUGCCUACAUGGGCUCACCUCUCAUGGUUCCUGCAUUUGCGAUUGUCAACACAUUAGUGGGCUCCAUAUUGUUCCUUUGGAUCAUAUCCCCAGCGCUCCAUUGGAGCAAUGUGUGGUGCGGUCAUUAUACGCCGUUUUCUUCUUCGUCUAUCUAUGACAACACUGGCCAGGCAUAUGACACAUCGAAGGUGUUAACAUCUGACUACAAGCUUAAUGAAACAGCUUAUCACGCAUAUUCCCCUGUUUUCCUUUCAACUACUUCCGUUCUAUCUUAUGGACUAGGUCUUGGAUCGAUGUCAUCCGUCAUUGUACAUUCAGUCCUUUUCCACGGCCAGGAUGUCUGGAAAGGCUUGAGGACUGUCUUCACGCCAAACAAACUCGUUGAAGACAAGGAUAUCCAUGUCAAGUUGAUGGCCAAAUAUAAGCCUGUACCUUUAUGGUGGUAUGCAUCCUCGUUCGUGGUCAUGAUUGCUUUAAGCAUCUUCUUUGUGGAAUACUACGACACCGGUUUACCAUGGUGGGGAAUCAUUCUCAGCCUAGUGAUAAAUCUUGUCCUUUUCAUUCCAAUCGGUCUCAUGUCUGCGCUUUGCAACGUGACUGCAUCGACAAACAUACUAGCUGUUCUCAUUGGUGGCUAUAUCUGGGCAGGUAAGAUGGUGGCUGUGGUAAUUUUCAAAAUCAUGACUUUCAAUACUACCGGAACCGCCAUGGUAAUUCUGCGUGACAUGAAGACUGGUCGUUAUAUGAAAGUUCCGCCUCGAGUUGUCUUUGCCGCACAGUGUGUAGGUAUGCUUGUCAAUUGUGUUGUUCAAUGCGUUGUCAAUGAUUGGGCAUUGAAUCACGUCGACGGGAUCUGCACUGCUGAGGCUACGGGUGGUCUAUCUUGUCCGAUCGCGGAAGCGUACGAAUCAAGUAUCAUAUUCUGGGGGUUGGUUGGUCCUCGCAAGCUUUUUGCUCCUGGAACGAUGUAUAAUUCGAUGCUUUAUUUUUUCUUGAUUGGUGCCAUCCUACCAGUUCUUGUUUGGGCUGCUAGCCGCAAGUGGCCUAAUAGUAUUGCGAAAAAGGUUCAUAUUCCGAUCAUUAUGACUAGUACUGGUGCAAUCCCACCUGCGACCGCUAUCAAUUACAUCCCGUGGGCCAUGAUUGGGAUUUACUUCCAGUUCUAUCUUAAACGAUAUAAGACGGACUGGUGGUCAAAGUACAACUACUUGCUCUCUGCUGCUUUGGACGGAGGUCUUGCAAUUUGUACUUUUCUGAUUUUCUUCUGUCUAUAUUACCCUGGAGUUAGUUUGACUUGGUGGGGAAACAGCAUUGGCUCCAAUACAGCAGAUGGCCUUGGGACUCCAUUGAGGACUGUUCCACAAGGCACGACGUUUGGUCCGAAGACUUGGAUUUGA